UCUAUUUGAAUCUGAGCAGCAGCAAAGAAUGAUGGGUACUGUAGUGUACUGAAACUUUUUUCAGAGACAGUCAUGGUGUGUCUUUGUAGCGUGUCUUUGCAGCCGAGCGUCAAACGUGGGGGCAGUGUUAACCCUCUCUUGUGUCUGCAGGUGUGUCUCCAUCUUCUUCGUGGAGUUCCAGGCUCACUUCGGGGCCGACUACGCCACCACCGCCUGGAUCCACAGCCUGCUGGACUGCAGCACCAUGCUCUGCGCUCCCGUCGGCAGCCUGGUGGGGAGCCGCUGGUCCUGCCGGGCGGCGGUGGUGGUGGGGGGCCUCCUGGCCUCCUGCGGCCUCCUGCUCAGCUCCUUCGCCACCAGCCUGGAGAUGCUUUACUUCAGCGCUGGGAUUCUGACAGGUCUGGGCUUCGCCCUCUGCUACACCCCCGCCAUCGCCCUGGUGGGCUGUUACUUCCAGCGGAGGAAGGCGCUGGCGUACGGUGUCGCCAUGUCGGGCAGCGGGAUCGGGACCUUCGUGCUGGCUCCGGUGGUGCAGAUGCUCAUAGAGUUGUACUCGUGGAGGGGGGCACUGCUCGUCCUCAGCGCCUUCGUUGCAAACCUGUGCGUCUGUGGGGCGCUGCUCCGACCAAUAGCACUGCAGGAGGAGCAGUGUGGUGACAUCUCACAGCAGGACGUGGAGAAACCUCCCAAAGACUCUGUGGACCUCCUAGCUCUGCCUCCUCCACCUGAAAGCUCCGCCCCCAGGCUGAGGAGAAUGUGGCGCCUCCUGUCCUGCGGGGAGUACCGCUUCCUGCUGCUGCCUGACUUUCUGGGUCUGGCCGUGUCCUUCCUGUUUCUGGCUAGCGGCUGCAGCCUCCCCUUCGUUUACCUGGUGCCCUACGCCCUGAGUGCCGGCAUCAGCCACCAGCACGCCGCCUUCCUCAUGUCCAUCCUGGGGGUCAUCGACAUCGUGGGGAACAUCACCUUCGGCUGGCUGACGGACAGAAGGUGUUUGAAGCCGUACCGCCUGGCCUGUUAUGUCCUCUCGGUCGGGAUGGAGGGUCUCUGCUGCCUCUUCACGCCGUUACUUCGUUCCUUCCCGCUCCUCGUGCCCUUUGCCGUGCUCUACGGCUACUUCGACGGCGCCUACGUGGCUCUGAUCCCAGUGGUGACGUCUGAUGUGGUCGGAACUACGUAUCUGUCCUCAGCUCUGGGCGUUGUCUACUUCCUCCACGCCAUACCCUAUCUGGUCAGCCCGCCCAUUGGAGGCUGGCUGGUUGAUGUUACAGGAAGUUACACAGCCACUUUCUUCCUCAGCGGCGCCGCUCUGCUGGCCAGCGCGGUCAUUCUCUCCGCCGUCACCGGUUUUCGCCAUUGCCGCCAUCGAUCAGAUUCGGUGCUUCUGCCAUCUUCUGAAAACCGUCAUCAGGGAACCCGAGCCCCUCCACCUCAGUCUGUCUGACCAAUCAGGUGGUUUCAUCACCUUCAACAGGAAGGUGUUACCUCACAACCCUUAGAGAAAAGUAUCAGAUUCCUCGACACCAAAGCCAAGCAGACGGCUAAACAGGCUGACUGACAGGUGUCAAUCAAACGAUGACUUCACAGGAAGUGAAAUCUUUUUAGAGUCUGCUGAAAAUGAAAACGAUAGAAUGAUUUAAAUGUUUUAAUGUUGAGGAAACUCACAGCUUCCUGUCUGAGCUGCCUCAUUAUGUUUCUCGCCACAGUCAUGUGACCGUGACGAACACCCAUUCAGUCCGUUAGCCGUGUGCUACGUCUUUUAGCGUCAGGAGUGUACCUAAUAAAGUGGACAGCAAAUAACACAUCAGUCCAAGCUGAACUGAUCACAGUUAUUGUAGCUGAACCUGAACGCACCACGAUGGUUCCAGCUGUUUGUAGGGAAGGAGGUCACAUGACGACGCUCUCAGGUAUCGAUUUGAUUAACGAGGAAAUAAGAAAGUCAACGUGCUGCAGGGUGUGUGUGUGUGUGUGAGUGAGAGAGAGAGAGUGUGUGUGUGUGUGUGUGUGUGUGUGUGUGAGAGAGAGACACACACACACACACACUCUCUCUCUCUCUCACACUCACACACACAAACACUCUCUGUGUGUGAGAGAGAGAGAGAGUGUUUGUGUGUGUGUGUGUGUGUGUGUGUGUGUGUGUGUGUGUGUGUGUGUGUGUGUGUGAGAGAGAGAGUGUGAGUGAGAGAGAGAGAGGACCAGAAUCAUCUUCAGGUGUGACUCAGGUACUGGUUGACAGUAGAUGUCAGCGUGUGAGCAGCGGGGCUGAAAACGCUGCUGAUUGGUGGAGAGCGUGAUGUCACUGUUGAUGUCACAGUCAGAGUGAUGCUGAUGUUUGUAACGUGUUACAGGA